ACCAGGGCGCGUUACAAUUUGCACACGAGCACGGCUGAAACCGGCCUUGCACCGACCGUAUCCAGGUCCGAGCCCCGGCGCGGAGCGGGGAUCCCAGCUGCCCGGGACAGCGGGUGGCUCCUGCCUCUGGCUGGCGUUGGGAGGAAGACAUGAAUUACUCUCAUUUCAUCACUGCAGUAAGUGCAGCAAGAAAGGCAUCUCCAAUAAGAGUUCUGACUGAAAUGAUGCAGAAGUCUCCCCCUUCACUAAUCUCCUUGGCUGGAGGAAUACCGAACCCCAACACUUUCCCAUUUAAGAUGGCCACUAUUACCACGAGAGAUGGAACAGCUGUGGAUAUUGGGGAGGAUUUGAUGAAGAGAGCCCUCCAGUACUCUCCCUCAGCAGGAAUUCCUGAGUUGUUGUCCUGGCUAAAGGAUUUACAGAAGAGUCUCCACAAUCCUCCCACUGCCAAGUACAGUCCUGAUCAGGGCCAGAUGGAGAUAUGUGUGACCACUGGCAGCCAGGAAGGGUUGUGCAAAGUGUUUGAGAUGCUUAUUAACCCUGGAGACAACAUCCUUUUGGACGCACCCACCUAUCCUGGGACUCUAGCAGCUCUAAGACCUUUGGGUUGCAACAUAAUCAAUGUUCCCAGUGACCAACAUGGUAUUAUUCCAAAAGCCCUGAAAGAAAUUCUUUCCAGAUGGAGCCCAGAAGAUGUCAGAAAGCACAACAACAUCCCCAAAUUCCUGUACACCAUUCCAAAUGGUGGCAAUCCCACUGGAACCUCAUUGACUACUGAUCGCAAAAAGGAGAUAUAUCAGCUUGCAAGACAAUAUAAUUUCCUCGUAAUAGAAGAUGAUCCUUAUUAUUUUCUUCAGUUUGAUAAACCUUGGGCUCCAACCUUCCUCUCAAUGGAUGUCGAUGGUCGAGUUAUCAGGACUGACUCUUUCUCUAAAAUUCUCUCCUCUGGGUUGAGAAUAGGCUUUUUAACAGGCCCCAAACCUCUUAUUGACCGAGUGAUUCUGCAUAUACAGGUCUCAACAAUGCACACCAGCACUUUCACGCAGCUUAUGAUUGCACAGCUUCUUCAGCAGUGGGGAGAAAAGGGUUUCCUGGAACAUGUAGACAGGGUAGUGGAGUUCUACAAGACCCAGCAAGAUGCAAUGCUUGCUGCAGCAGACAAGUGGUUAAAAGGUCUGGCAGACUGGCAUGCUCCUGCUGCUGGCAUGUUUCUAUGGAUUAAAAUUAAGGGAGUUUCUGACACACAACAGCUGAUCAUGGAAAAAGCUUUGCAGAAAGAAGUGUUACUGGUUCCUGGGGGAGCAUUUAACAUUGAUAGCUCUGUUCCUAGUUCUUAUGUCAGAGCUUCUUUCUCUCUGUCUUCUCCAGCCCAAAUGGAUCAGGCUUUUCAGAGGCUGGCUGAGCUUAUAAAAGAAGCUGUAUGAAGAGAGCAAAUGAAAACCAUCUAGCGAAUUAAAAGUCUCCUUCAAAAAAUCUGCACCUUUAUUAAAAGAGGAUUUUAUAAUGACAUUUAAGGAGCAAGCAUGGAUAGAAGAUCACCAAAAGACCUCAGAACAUGCCUUUUGAUAGGGAGUGCAGAAAAUUAUAGUUUAAUUAGAAAUGAUCUCAUUCAACCUAUUAACUCCUUUUUAUGACAGGCAAUAUCAUAUAAAAAGACUAUUAUUCCAAAUUAUAAUGCAGCGAUAGUAUAUGCUUAUGUGCAUAAUAGCAAUAACGUAGUUGAAGUAAGAAGAUAGUUCCAUUCUAAAUCACUCUUCAUUUUCCUAUAACUUCCUCAAAAUUGUGCUGAAUCUUCUCACACCAGAUCUUUUCCAAAAGUGAAUUUUAAAAGAAGGUUUGAACAAAAUCUAUUCAGUCAUUUUGAAUUAUUGGCAGAGGGAAUACCUUUUCUACUUAGCAAAUAAAGGCAACUUUUGAAAUAACUCAGGGAUGAACUACAGAACUUUUGACUUGGCAUGAGACAUGAGUGACAUAUGCCAUCCUUGCUAAAUUUGGCUGGGAAAGGACUUUGAAUUAAAGUAGUUAAGUUUUAAAAAUGGUAUACUUGGUACAGUAAAUUAUCUUCUUACUUCAACUACAUUAUUGCUAUUGUGCACAUAACCAUAUACCAUACAUAUGCUAUUUUUAGGUGCACAUUUCAAACUGGGAAAACUGUAUUGAUCAGAAAGUGUUUCACUGGAAUUGCUCAGGACCCUCUUAACCCAACCCUUCCUAAACCCUAAAAUCACAUUGCACUAGCAAAUUAUGUUUUAAUUUUUUGCACUUCCUUUUGUCUCUCUAUGUGGAUUCUGGCUAUAAAAGUGUGAAGAUCAAAGUAUGAAACUUAACUAAUGUUUGGUCAGAGUAAAUUGACUUAGGCACUUUUGAAAACUUAAACCUGAGCAAAUGCAAUUAGACUCUGGUUACAAAUAAAAGGAAAUUAGUUUGCACUUUUUGCCAUGGGACAGUUUAAUUUGAUCUGAACCACCUGAGUAAUGUUUUUGCUGACAUAAGUGGUAGUGUAGACAUGGCUUUAGACUGUAAGCUCUUUGGGGCAGGGGCUGUGUCAAGGCUGAUACCCCACUCUGGCACUUCAAGUGCAGAAGGUAGGGGCCUGCAAGGAUUUUAAAAUUUAAUACUGGCCACUCCAGGCUUGUAUUAAACUCCCAAGGUUACAGCUUCUCUCUGACCUUGGAUGGGUAGAUGCUGCCACCACCCAGGUGCAAAAAACCCUUUUGGACCCAGGAAGAAGCACUUGGGAUACCCUUAAGCCCUUUCACCCCCCGUCCAGGGAAGAGCUGAGAAAGAAAACAAAGGAAAUCAGUUGUAGCCACCAGCUAAUUAAACAACGUGCACAAACCUCUCAGAACACCAAAAAUCCAAUUCUGUUCUUAAAAAAGUUAAAUUUUAUUAAAAACAAAAAGAAAGAAAAAAGAAACUAGGCUUUUGCUAGAUUUAAAAAACUACUUACAAAAAUUAAACAUCAAGAAUAACCUCCUUGAGGUCCAGUUUAAAGGUUACAAGCAAACAAAAGCAUUUGGGCUUAGCACAGAGCAGUCCACAAGCCUUACAAAAUAAAAGAAAUAAACCUAAUCACGUCUUUCUAGACAUUUCUGAUCUACUUACAUAUCUGGGUUUAAAUAAAUAGUUCUAGACAUGAUCUGAUGAUUUUCAUAUCUGGCCUUUAGCUUCUCACAGCAUAACUGCUCCCUGUUCCCCUCUUUCCAGGAGAACAACACACACAGACAAAGGGAAGUCUUUUCCCAAUUUUAAAAAGUUCUAACCCUUCCAUUGGCUCUUUUUGUCAGGUGUCCACUCCUUUCCUUUUAUCUAUGGGCUUGUUAACCCUUUGUUCUGUCUGUUAUUACCUGAAACCACAUAAAUCCUACUUUUUAUACUUAAUAAAAUCACUUUCGUUUAUUAACAAACCCAGAGUAAGUGAUUAAUAUCUGGGGGAGCAAACAGCUGUGCAUCUCUCUCUAUUGGUGAUAUAGAGGGUGAACAAUUUACAAAUUUACCCUAUAUAAGCUUUAUACAGAGUAAAACAGAUUUAUUUGGGGUUUGGAUCCCAUUGGGAACUGGGUGUCUGAGUGCUGGGGAGGUAACCUGCUGAGCUGUUUUUGGUUAAAGUCUGCAGCUUUGGGGGCGUGGCCCAGAACCUGGGUCUGUGUUGCAGCAGGCUAGCCUGUCUGGCUCAACGAGACAGGGUUCUGGAGUCCCAAGCUGGCAGGGAAAAUGGGCUCAGAGGUAAUUUCAGCACGUUAGGUGACAGUCCCAAGGAGAUCUCUGUGAGCAAACCCGUCACAAUGGCCCUAAAUUUGAAAUCAGUCCAGCAUUACAGCACAUGUCUAAAUGAUCAGGUCUGAUAGAAUCAUUCACUAUGUCUGACUGAGUUUUGUAUCUUGCAUGUUUUCUUUCUUCAGCAGCUAAGACUUUUGUGCGGUAACAUCGUCAGUGUCCUCUGGGACCAGUGAGGUAUUAUUCCAGAAGCCCUGAAAGAAAUUCUUUACAGGUGCAAAUCAGAAAGUAUUUCGUUUCUGCUCAGUUUGAAGCACAAGGGGUAAAAAUGAAGUGCUUUGACAACUGAAUAAUAACUGUGCUAAAGACUGACGGUCAUGUAGCAUCUUUUAUCUAAAGAUUAGACAUUUUAAAAGCUGACUUACAGGAUGCAGAGCUAUAGAGCUAUCUCUUUGUAGUGUAUUGACAUUCUUGGUGUAUAAUGUUAAAUUUGCUAAUCUAUCAACCACUGAUAAACAAUUAUCUGUUUUCUUAUUAUCUGUGUUAAUUUUUUAAUUAUCGAAUUAAAAAUCAUUGAUAUUG